GAUAAACCAUUUUUAAGCGUUAAUAUUUAUAUUAUUUUAACAGGUAUGGGUCUUUGGCAUGGUGAAGAUCGUCUAAUACAGUUAUAGUAUACCCGGUAGAGAACCGCUCAAAUGCAGUUUUAAUUCCUAUCAUUGAACGCCAUGUAGAAAAGGGGUCUACAAUAUACAGUGACGGAUGGACUGCGUAUUGCGCCUUAAACGAUUUGGGGUACCAUCAUUUCUCCGUGUUGCAUAAAUACGCCUUUAAAAAGGAAUACAAGAAUGUGGAAACUGGUGAAAUAAUUACAGUCCACACAAAUAGGAUUGAAGGAGCAUGGAAGCAUGCUAAGGAUUAUUUCAGGAAAAUGUCCGGCACUCAAGCCUCCCAGUGGGAAGGUCAUUUGGCAGAAGUAAUGUGGAGGGCUGAGGUGAAGGGGAGAAAAUACGAGAAUUUCUUUGAUCUGCUAAGGUCUGUAUACACUUUAGAAGGCCCACCGCAUUACCAGUAUACAACACCUCUGUUUGACUCUUGGCCGGGACCAGUAUGCAGUGACCUCAACAACUGGACUUUAGAGCCAGAAGUAACUGAUGCUGGAAGCGAAGUUACAACUUCUUCUGAUGAGGAAGACGCUGAAUCCAGGCCUGUUGAAAAGGUACCUUCUACAUCUGCACCUUCCGGCUCGGUAGAAAAUCCAUUGAUGCUAAGUUCAACAUCAGAUGAAGACAAUCUUACAGCUGGUCAAAGACAAAGUUCUACGAGAACACUAAAGCCUGAAACUGUGGCCUUAAUUUCAGAGUUAUUUUCUGACAGUUCUUUAGAUGAUACAGUUGUUGAGCCAGCAGUUUUACCAUCACCUGAACAGGUGAGAUGUCAACCUUCUACAGGCGCGUGUGCCGAUGUUAGGCGGAAAGAAGGGCAAAUUAGAAAAAAGAAUAGAACUGAUAAUGUAUGCCAUCCCAAAGGAUAUGCGCCCACAUCAUCAAAGCCAAAAGGGAAAGGGAAAGGGAAAUCAACAUCAGAAAAAAGAAGCAAAAAUCCGUACAGUAAAUCAAACUUUUUGGUUUGUUCGUCAUCUGAUGACGACUUUCAGUAGACAGUCACAGAUCCGCUUAAUUAUUUUAAAUUGCUAAGUAAGCAAUUGUUACUAAAUCUACAAACAGUAGAAACUACAAGCAGUAGAAACAAUAGUGAGGAUGCUAAUUUAAAUACAAUGACAUAAUAUCUUUAUACAGUAAAGGCAUUACUGAACACUACGAAUUUUUGCAUUGCUGUAAAUACAAUACAAUAGUUUGACAGUUGCCAUGGGAAACGGAGCAUUAUGGGUAAGUAAAAGUUAUAUUACUACGCAUGCGUCAUUCAAGCGUCUCAAUGACCCAGAUCAAUCAUUAUAGUAAUCUUCCCCCAGGGUGACAAAACCGGAUAUUGCCGAAUUUAGUUAAUUAUUUCUUCAUAUUUCGUUAUGACAUAAUAAAAGAAAAUAAAUUCCAAAAAAAGUUAUCAAUUUGUUAUUUUUAAAUGAAUUAUAGACAAAAUACGAGUCAUGACAUAAACCGCGCUGAUCGGAAAGGGCUUAACAUGUUCCGAAAAGGGCCUGUCACAUGUUUAUUCUUGGAAAUUAUUUAAUUAUUUCUUCAUAUUUCAUUAUGACAUAAUAAAAGAAAAUAAAUUACGA